GGUACAUAUACGUGUAUUAAAAGGAGUAUUUACUAACUAUGAUCCCAAUAAUUAACUCGAGUUAUUGGAAAAGGUUCAAUCAUUGAUCAUAUACCGUAUACUAACACACCCCCUCAAACAAAAGCCACCAUAUAUGGGCUUGAAGUUUGUUCAGGUCCGGACACCAUGUGCUUAACAGAAACAAAUGCGGUAACCAGGAUUCGAACAGAAGACCUCUCGACAACAGAAGGCUCUAAUACCAUGUCAAGGUCAGCUGGUUGAUCUCCAAUAACUCGAGUUGUUGGAAGAGGUUCGGUCGUUAAUUAUAUACCGUAUACUAAAAAUUAGAACCAGUUGGGCUAUCACAUUAUAUCAGAGCUGAUUUGUCAUUGAUGUUACAUGUUCAAAUACUCACGAUUCUCAAGAUUAACCAUUGCCGUAAGUAACAUGGUAUUGUCGAGUAUGUACAAACUUCAAACUCACAAGUUAAUUUCCGUCUGAGGGUUUGUGGCAAAGUUUGCGCGUACAUUUUUGGGGUUGAUUAUAGUGCUGUAAACAUUGAAGACACAUGUAAUGAUGUCCUUUCUGUUCUGUGGUUUUUCCCCAUAAUGGGAAAGUAAAACAGAGACCAUGCUAGUCAGUAGUCAGCAUCCCAUCCUCACCGGUGCUAUUAAUGGACACAUCCCCAUUUAUUUUAUAUCAACGAAGCAAGUUCGCCGACAUGGCCUGGUUAACUUAGUCUCUUCACGGCUCAAGACCAAGAAGAAGUCGUGGCUUGAAGUGAUGACCUAGCUGGCUAGCUACACGACCAUUUUUACUACGGGGAAUGUUGAGAGAAUGGCAGUUCGAUCUUCAUGUCACGAAGAGAUUUCGUAUUCAUUCAAGAAAAAGUAAGGGUAAAUGCUAUUGUUUAACUAAAUUUUUCACCUCGCUAAAAUAUUAGCCAUUAGCUAAAAUUUUCACCUCGCUAAAAUAUUAGCAAAAUCUAUAAAAAUAUUAAAUAUUAGUCAAUUGUUAAGACUUUCUUCAUAUUUCCGUUAGAUGACGAUGAACUGGCGGAUGUGAUGCUGACAUAGAAGGGAUAUAGUGAUACGACACUCAAAAAGAAUAAUUUUUUAUUGGGUGAAUACUAUUUUUUAGCCAAAACUUUCACGAAUUCUAAAAUAUUAACCACAACCUUUUUGAGAAUACCAAGUAUGAACCAAACCUUUCAUAACGCUACAAUAUUAUAGUCAUUUUAUGUCAAAAUUAACGUUAGGCUUAACAGGAAUUACACGUAAACUAAUCGUUGUCCGCGUGUUUGACACAUCAACGUCAUGUCAAUUAACAAAUAUAUACAUUAAUUUACAACAGGAGAAAAACGACUCCUAUCAGUGACGAAAAAUGAAAAAUAACAAACUCCUACAGGGGAAAUGAAAAUAGGCAUCGUAAUGGGUUGUGUCAUGUGUGUGUAUCACCUGUCUGGUUGAGCUGAAGUGAAGGAAGAAAUGCUCAAGAUUCAAGUCAAGUUAUCGACGAAAAAGAAGAGAUCGCUUCUUCUAUUAAGAGUUAUGAGAAUUUGAACAAGACUUUUCCAUAAUUAAAGGCUCAAAUUGUGUAACAAAUUUAAGAAUAUUUCUUAUAACCAAAUUCAUUAGAGAAUCCCAUUUGGUUUCUUAUUAAGUAUAGGACUAUAGGGUGAGUCACCCUUCUUAAUAACCCUAAAAUAUUUAAACUUAAACUUAAUAGGAGUUGGUUAAGUUUGUACUUUGCAGUGGAGCACAUGGUUUCUGGUUUUUGAGAACUGUGGGCGAUAUUAUGAUAACAUAAAGUCUUAUAAUUUCCGUUAUUAACCCAAAAUUUUGGAGAGAUCAAUUGUCCUUGGUCACAAAAUAUAUCUUGGCAGAGAUCUUUUGGUGAUUGCCCACUUUUAUAUUAAAAAAGGUGACCAACCUCUCUUUUUUCCACAGAUCCGUGAUUAGAUCUAUUAAUAACUUUAUUUGAUGAAUCAUUACGGAUACCCGAAUUAAUUACAAUAAAUAAAGGUCACUCUCUCUCCAAUUUGCACCUUGUGUCUUAGUUAAAGGAAAAUCAUGAGGAAUAAUUAGACCAAAAGUCCGAAACCUCAAUACCAUUCAUUUUGUUAAUUUGAUGAGUGCACUUCCAUAGCUAUCUAGUGUAAAAUGAAUUUUAAUUUUGCUAGGGGUUAGUGCAAGUUCACCUUCUCUGAUCGUGUGGCGCGACGAUCUCGAUUAUCAUAUGCAUACUAAAAUGAUAUUAUAUGCACGCAUUUAACGACCUCGGGAUUGUUCGGCUAUGCGAUCCAAUAGUGUCAUUAUAUCCUAUACUAACGCAUAUUCGGCCCUUAUAAUCUGAUCGGUGCAUGUGAAGGUUUCUUCAGUGUGAAAGAAAUCGAAGUCGCACAAAAUUUCUUUCUAUGAAUAUUUACAUACUUCUUGUUUGCCCAAAAUCUACAAAUUCUACAGGUACACCAUCACGCUCUUUCUUGUUUGACCGCAUUUGCACACAUACUCGUAUCAUACCUCCUCCUCCUCCUCCGCAGACCAAACUGCACAAUUGCACACUAUAUUAUCGCAUUUCCAGUUCAGUUCAAAAUUGAACGAGUAGUACUCCACUUACGUACACUUCGCAAACACGACAUUUCGCAAGCGGAAAAUAUCUGAAUAGACUUGGAAAUAUCACUCAUCCUCGAAUAUAAAAGAUAUUUUAUUUUGAUUUCUUAUAUUGUGAGUAGCAUUGUCAACAAAAUCACCCCAUAUUCCAGCCUUAACAAACAAAAUAAGGAAUCACAUAGUCCAUAAGUUGGAUAUUUUCUACCACCACCACCUUAAUUAAUUAAUUAAUAGUCUUACAACAUGCCCAUAAACAUAUCAUUAAAACACUCCUCAUCCAUCUACACAUCUCAACGGCCCCCAAUAUUCAAUACAUAUAUGGUCUCUCUCUUCUAUAUAUAUAUAUAUAUAUAUAAGCAUUGCUUUGAUCAAUGAAAACCCAUCAUUCCUUCACCACUUCACAACCAAAAAGAGAAACCCAAAAAUGGCAGUGGGAGAAGCGGCAGUGAUGGUCGAGCCGCAGCUGAAGAGCACCACCAUUAGCGACGGGAAGAGGGCAACGGCGACGAAACCCAGCUUUUCGCCACCGGAUGUUUCCUUUUUGGCGACGGGGAAGAAGAGCAUUAGCGACGAAGACGAGGGGCAACGGGCGCGAGGGAGGGUGAGGAAGCUGAAUGCGUACGACAGAAUCGCGGUGGGCGCCGUCGCCGGGACCCAUCUGAUGGCAAUGUGCGGGCCGUUUUGCUUCAGCUGGGGUGCGUUUUGGCUGGCGGCGGCGCUGUACGUGGUGACGGGGCUGUUUGGGAUUUGCUUCUCGUACCAUCGGAAUCUGGCCCACCAGAGCUUCAAGCUCCUCCCCAAAUGGCUCGAGUACUUGUUCGCUUACAUCGGCGCCCAUGCCCUUCAGGGGGAUCCAUUAACGUGGGUGAGCAACCACAGGUUUCACCAUCAAUACACUGACACAGAGAGAGAUCCACACAGCCCCAUUGAAGGGUUUUGGCACAGUCAUAUGAGCUGGAUCUUCGAUUCAGCCAUGGUUAGAGAGAAGUGUGGGAAACGAGACAACGUUGGGGACAUGAAAAGCCAGGCCUUCUACAGGUGGCUUCGUAGGACUUACGUCUUCCACCCACUGGGGCUUGCCCUUAUCUUGUAUGCCCUUGGUGGACUGCCCUACAUCGUUUGGGGAAUUGGCGUGAGGGUAGUGGGUGUUUACCACGCCACGUGGUUUGUCAACUCGGCCGCUCACAUAUGGGGAUCUCGAGUUUGGAACACCGAUGACUUGUCGAGAAACAAUUGGUGGGUGGCAGUUUUGACAUUUGGAGAAGGUUGGCACAACAAUCACCAUGCGUUCAAGUACUCGGCAAGGCAAGGGCUGGAGUGGUGGCAGAUCGACAUGACUUGGUACGCAGUGAGGUUACUUCAAGCCAUGGGGUUGGCUUAUGACGUCAAGCUGCCGAGUAAGCUCCAAAUGCAGAAGCUGGCCAUGAAACACCCAAACCAGUAGCUGAUGAACAACUACUUCAGCUUCUCAUAUAUAUAAACACACAGAAACACU